UUUUCCUGCGUCCGCACUAAUUAUUUCCUCCACAUCAAAAUCCUCAACUCCGCGAGAUAGGCUAACCUGCCUGCGACAGUGACAGCAAAUGGGCAGCUCGUCGGCGCCAUGGAAACAGCUCCUUCUCAGUUCAAUUGAGGCCAACUCCCAUCUGAAGCACCACUCCUACUUCCAGCUCGCAACUGUUUCAUCGAAUAACAGACCCUCUAAUCGCACUGUUGUUUUCAGAGGAUUUCAGGAUGAUGGUGAUAAGAUUCUGAUCAACACCGACACUCGAACCCGCAAGAUAAAUGAUCUCAAGCACUGCCCUUUUACUGAGAUAUGUUGGUACUUCAUGGAAUCAUGGGAGCAAUUCCGGAUUAGUGGAGUGGUGGAUGUCAUAGAUGGAACUACUCCUGAUCCACUCAAACUUGAGGUGAUUCCCUUAAUUAAAAUGCUAUCUACAGAAAAGCAAAGAGAGAAAUCAUGGUUUGCAUCUUCCCUUAGAUCAAGAGUGCAGUAUGUUGGGGCCUCUCCAGGACUGCCUGCUGUUGCAAGUGAACAAUCAUCCCAGUCUCCCUCUUUGGAUCCUUCCAUUGGACCAGUUGCUGCAUUUUGCCUGCUCCUAUUUGACCCUCAUCAGGUUGACUAUCUAAAUUUGAAAAGCAAUGAGAGGUUGGUGUUCACGUCAAUAGCCAGCGACAGCGGAAAGAAGCUCUGGACUUCACAGAAGGUGAAUCCCUAGCCUUUCCCUUCAUACAUCAUUGUCACUUCAUCUUUGUCAAAAGAAGAAGGAAUUUAAAAUUGUAAUUAGAAGGAACUUGGUCCAAAUUCCAAAAUAGAUACGUGGAAGCAACAAUUAUUGUACAAGAACACAGAUAGUGUUUGGGGUGCGGGGGAAGGGAGCUUUAUUGGCAUCCGCUGCAACCAAGGCAAGCAUGAGAGGGCAAUCUUUGUCGCCGGAAGUGGGAAUAUUGACGCAGGAGCACCAGUCUAGCAAAGUAAAGAACGCCGUGGCGAGGAGGACUCUAUCUCUCUUUGAUUCAGGUCAAGAUAUGAAUACGUGAAAUGCUCCCUUUGUCCCGAGUCUCAGUUGAGUUUGUACAUGUUUUUAUAAAUAUAAAGGAAAGUUUGAUGGAUAAAAAUAAUAGAAUGUUAAUCCCA